AUGCUCGUCCCUAGACAAAACGCACUUUCGUCUGGCGACCUCAUCACCUGUGAGCGAGCAAUGCUCAAAUUUCUCGACGGCAAACUGGGGGAUAAUGUUGGAAUGGAUCUUAAAGUAUGGAACUGGUCGAUACCAGAAUUGUAUGGCAUCGUUUUAGGAAUGAUUGUCAAAAUUGACCUUGCGGGUACUCUCAACAUUCGGAAAUCUGAAAUGUUAGACUUCAUCAUCGACGUUGAGAAAGGCUACUGCAAUACUCCAUAUCAUUCAUUCUAUCAUGCUGUCGACGUCGUUGCUGUGCUGUACUAUAUGCUCACCGACUUGGGCGCCGCAAAAUACUUAACCCCGUUAGAUUCUAUUUGUCUACUUAUAGCGGGUUUAUGCCACGAUAUUGGUCAUGUUAACGCACGAACAGAACUCGCUAUCCGGUAUAACGAACAAUCAGUUCUGGAAAAUUAUUCUUGCACUCUUACCAUGGAACUCUUAACAAAACAUAAACUUUUCCGUCAUGUGCACACUUGCAAUGACGAGUAUUUAGGCUGCGACCCCAAAGAGGUCGACACUGCAUUGCGAAACUUGAUCACCAAAACUAUAUUAUCCACAGACAUGACAUUUCACUUUGAUAUAUUGGAGUCUUUGCAUAACAUGAUCGAAGCUUUCACUUCUUGCUCGUCUGAUGAGUCGGGUGAAGAGAUGGAUAACAGUUGUAACUCAUCUCCCGCUUCCUCGAUCUCCUCUUCUCCCAUUUCUUCUUCUCCCAUAUUCACUUCCCCAAUUUCCUCUUCCCCUAUUUCUUCCUCUCCGGAAUCAUCGCUGGUUUCUCCGAUAGCGCAAAAAAGUUUUCCUGUCAAGACGAAUAACAACAAUAUUCAUCAUCUUCAGAUCAGAUUACCAAGACCGUCAGCCAUAGUGGUCACCUUAGAUUCCGAACAACGUGAAAUUUUGCUAAAGGUCUUAAUACAUGCCGCUGAUCUUAGCAACACCGUUCGUCCGUGGAGCAUCUCAAAACGUUGGUCGGAUCUGGUCGUAGACGAAUUCUUUCAUCAAGGUGACCUCGAAAAAGAAAACAAUCUUCCGGUGUCUCCAAAUAUGGACAGGGAACAAGUACAUCAAUGCCAGAUCAGCCUUGGUUUUGGUGAUUACGUGGUCAAACCUUAUUUUGAAGCUUUCGCCUCUUUCUUACCCCAAGCCUCUAUAUUCCUGGACAUCUUGGCCGAGAACCGUGUCCUGUGGGAUAAUAUGAAGAACGCUCCGCCGCAACCAGCUCCGACAUCCUAUUUAUUAGCCCCUCCCCCGACUCCAACCGCUCCGAAGGAACAACAACGUCGAGUCAGUUUGGCCGCCGGUCUCCUAAUAAUUCCUGAUGAUAUUCAAGAAAAACUGCGGUUGAUGUCUUCUCCACGUUCCCCAAGGCUACAACGAAAACUGAAACGUAGCUUGUCUGGUCGAUCUUACAGUCACCAUUCGUUAUUGUCCGCUCGCCAUGCCUCCUCGGCACCAGAUGAUGAUGACGAGGAUUACGGUGACGAUGGAUAUAGGAGACCCACGCGUCGGAAAUCCGAAAAUCCGAAUGCCAACGAAAAUUCAUCCUCGAUCACAAACACCAACGUGAUGAUGGGUGGCACGCGUUCGGCAUCCUAUCAUUACGGCAAAAAGGCGAACAAUCAGCAACGAAGGUUAGGUGGCCGUGUGAGACGUAGUAGUUCAUUGGACCACAACAUGAUUCGACAGAUAACCGCCUUAUACGGCACCGGCGACGCUCCUUCACCGUCCGAUAAAGAGACCGUCGUGGCCGGAAGUUAA